GGCGGCGGUCAUGGAGGGCGCCGGCGCGGGCUUUCGGAAGGAGCUGGUGAGCAAACUGCUGCACCUGCACUUCAAGGAUGCCAAGACCAAAGUCAGCGGGGACGCACUGCAGCUCAUGGUGGAAUUGCUGAAGAUCUUCGUUGUGGAAGCAGCCGUCCGCGGGGUCCGGCAGGCCCAAGCAGAGGACGUCACCCUGGUGGGCGUGGAGCAGCUGGAGAAGGUGCUCCCUCAGCUGGUAGCUCCUGGACUUCUAGGGCUCUGGGCCCUGGCGGAGGCUGCCGCAGGGAAGCAGGCCUGAGAGGCCUGGAGCAGAUUCAAACCAGAGUUCCCAGCACAUGCUGGAGAUCCCCCCACAGCCUCUGCAGAACGGCAGGGCCACUCAAGACACCACCUUCCUGGUGUCCUCUGCCCUCUGCUGCGGGACACGGGAUGGCGGAGGGUCUUGAGAGGACAGGCCCGUGGGGACGGCACCUGGGGGCCCUGCCUCUCCUCUCUGGGGAAACUUCGCCUGCUGUGCAGGGUCCCAGGGAGGCAGGCGCUGGGGAAAGGUCAGGACCCCCCCCGCCCAGAGGUGGUGGCGGGUCGCCUGUGUUUGCCGCCUCCUUCCCGCACUCCUGCCACCCAGUGACAAAGCCGGUGUGUGACCUUUCAGCCCCGGGAUAUUCCCUCAGAAGAGCCUUCCCCGAACUAUGAAUCUGUUCUUACAAAGCAACAUCAA